GCCGCGCGCGCCGCCUGCAAGAUGCCUGUGCGCCGUGGCCGGCGGCCGGCGCGACCCGGGGCCCGCCUCUCCUGGCUGCUGUGCUGCAGCGCGCUGCUGUCCCCGGCCGCGGGAUACGUGAUCGUGAGCUCCGUGUCCUGGGCCGUCACCAACGAGGUGGACGAGGACCUGGACAGCGCCUCCACCGAGGAGGCGCUGCCCGCGCUGCUGGAGGACGCGGGCAGCAUCUGGCAGCAGAGCUUCCCGGACUCGGCGCACAAGGAGGCCGCACACCUGCCGCCCCCAGCGGGCGCUGCCCGCUCCAGGCCGCGUCCCGCGCCGCCGGGGAUGUUCUCCUACCCGCGCGAGAGCGGCCCGAGGCUGCGCCCCGGCACCGCCCGCUUCCUGGCCCACGCCAGCCCCUGGGGCUGUCUGGCCACCGUGUCUGCCCACGAGAAGAUCCCCGGGCUGCCAUUUGGGAACUGCCUGCCCAUCAGUGAUGGCCCCUUGAACAACAGCACGGGGAUUCCUUUCUUCUACGUCACACCCAAAGACCCUGCAGUGGCUGACCUCAUGAAGAACCCUGUGGCCUCACUCCUGCUGCCAGAAUCGGAAGGAGAGUUCUGCAGAAAAAAUAUCGUUGACCCAGAAGAUCCCCGAUGUGCCCGGUUGAUACUCACUGGCCAGAUGAUCACCGUGUCUCCAGAAGAAGUGGAAUUUGCCAAGCAAGCCAUGUUUUCAAGACACCCAGUUAUGAGGAAGUGGCCUCGUCAGUAUGAAUGGUUCUUUAUGACAAUGCGAAUACAACAUAUCUGGCUUCAGAAGUGGUAUGGAGGGGUAUCCGACAUUUCAAGGGAGGAAUACUUCAAAGCGGUUCCAAGAAAGGCCUGAUGGAGUAAGAGGAAAGUCUUGGUGUUUAUAUAAAAUGAAAACCUUUCAAGUGAUGCUGUCAGACAGCAAAUGACUGCUCUCUCUUUGUUGAAGGGUUCAUAGUGGCCCUGUCACUUAUAGCAGAAUAAGAAAGGUUGACCAGUGAACCCCAUGCUAGACUGGAGAUUAAAGUGGUUAUUUGCAAAUCUCUACUUCACCCAGGUACUUCCCACCUAUAGUCUUUGUUUAUGUUGUGUUCCAUCCAGAUUCACCUACUUGGGAAUCAUUGUUGGUUGUCAAAGUGACAUGCUGAGACAGUAGGUGUCCCAUACUUUAAGACAAGAGAAAAAUUAUGCCUGUAUGCACAGUGUUAUUUCUUUGUAUUGUGAGAGUGUUUUGUUCUUGCUGUGCCAAAGGCAGUGUCUUGGGGCCUAAGAUCAUUGCAGCCCCGGAGGACCUAAGUCUGCAUCACACAGCCGCAGUCUUAUGUCUAGGGCCGGGGUGCAGGACUCUUUGUCUGUGGGUUACUCAUCACACAACUGGAUUGCAGAUGGAUUAUUAAGUCACAUUUGCUAGAAUGUAUCUGUCACUUAUAAAGCUUUCUCCCCACUGUAUCAUGAUAGAGUUUCAUGCACAGUCCUACUCUAUGUAAGCAGGCCAUGGGCGAUGUUGACAAGGAGGAGCAGCUUCGGCAUCAGUCUCCCCAGAUCCUCACCACUAACGCUUCUCUUAGGCCUGAGGGGGCAUCCAAAAGAAGUGGCACCUUCUUCUGUGGUGUAUAGAGAGAAGAGGAGGGAGGAUGAACCCGGGAAGGCACAAAGGCAAUGUAUGUACAAGAGAAGGAAGAAAACAAGUCAGUAACAGAAGGCACGUUCCCUGGGCCAGGCCCUGGUCGGGGCAUCUCAUUUUUAAACCUCACCAUCAGUGAGAUGCAUAUCAUCUUGUCCACCCAUAGAUGAGAAGACUGAGGCUAAGUCAAUGUCCCAGCAUCUGACCCCAGAACACAGAGUGCACAAUGGAUGAAGUGGUCACUGGAUGAUGCUCAAUCUUAAUGACAAGACAAAAGAGUUACUCAAAUGUACAGGUAGUCAUUGAAUCAGCAAGAUCGGUAAAAUCAUACCUAACCUGCCAUAUUUGAUUGGUUACUGCUUUCUACC